AUGUGGGGUGUUUACAAUGCCUGUGGGUGGUACAGUAGAACUGGGGCCAGCCUGACAGAUGGCUGGAUGGCCAGCCACUCUGAGAAAGGUGUGGUGGGGUGACGACUAAUGACAACACAGAUAUGCUAAAAUCGGGAAGAUGAAGACACAGAAAUAAAAACAUCCUAGUAUUUAUUUUAAGUCUCUACAGGCCUACGACACGUUGUCAGCAAGUCUCACAAAGCCCUUUUCUGAAUGUGAAACCAGGCUGAAUAUGUGUGUUUCUCAAGAGCUGCAGUAGUGUCUCCUAGGCUUGGUGGGAUGCUGCAUCAUAGUCUGUGACAUGUCAUCUGCUCGAGUCCUGACUGGACAUGAUCCGUCUCUGUGGCCUGGGGAGGGAACGGAAACGGUGUGUCUGCAGCUCCCAGCCUGAGUGGAGAUGACAGCAGCCGUUUACCAUGCAGUAACAGGAAGGCAUGUGCCUCAGGCUGUUACGCACGCCACGCACGCCACGCACGCCACACACACACACAAGGCACCAGAUUGGUGGUUUUCAAGACAUUCACCACAGAAUGAGCUUGAUGCAGUAAAGUGUCAGAAGUAGGGCUGUCCCUGACAACAACAAAAAAAUCUUAGUCGACCAAGAGUCAUUAUUAUAUAAGAGUCGACUGUUCUUUCUACCAAUAGAUUUAAAACAUGUAUUUUUCCAUAUAUAGACACACCCCUAUGUUUGAAUAAAAUUAUACUGUAUGUAGGCUACUGAACUUGUCUGACGCUUUAAGCACUACGAUUAGAAAUGAAGACACAUAUUACUAAAGCGGGAGCUAGAGAUCAAUAUAGCUUAACCAGAAGAAAAUAACCUGUUCCCGACCGUCCUCCUGACCCCCCCCCCCCCCCCCCCCCCCCCUCCUCCAGCUGCUUGCCGUUAAGCUCAUGAAUUUGCCAGUAAUAGGCUACACCAGUGGUCGGCAACCUUUUCCAUUUGGAGUGCCAAGUUAUUGUACCAUUUCUACUGAUCUGCGUGCCAGUUAUGAUUUUCAUAUGCACAUUUUCGUGGAACAAUUUAAUAUAUAAAAAGUCUUCAUCUCAAAAUCAAUGUCAUGUGGUUAAUCAAAAUUCUAUCUAAAUGAAAACGAUACAGAUCUAAAAGUAACUUCUAUUGCCAUUAUAUAAAAAUAGCUGAUCUUUUCUCUCUCUCUCCUCUCUCUCUCUCGCACUCCUUCUCUCUCUCGCACUCCUUCUCUCUCUCACACUCCUCCCCCCCCUCUCUCUCUCUCUCUCUCUCUCUCUCUCUCUUGCACUCCUUCCCUCUCUGGCUCAGGGCAGGGGCCCAGGCAUGAGGAGCAGGUGGCUGAGUGGGAGUAGGGUCUGUCUGGGCUCUGUCAAGGUUUAGGGAGGUCACAUUUUAAUGGGCUCUCUUCUCCUCGCCUCAGCCUGGCCUGCCCCUGUCAGUCAUGGAGAGUAUUACACUUUUUUAUUUAUUUCCUCUGCUCUCCCUGUUUGGUUGUCUUCAGGGCAGAGCUUCCAUGUAGUCUAUUUGAUACGACUGCUGGUUCUGCAUGGAAACAUUGAGAAUGAUGAGGCUUGUCAUGUUCUCAGGUUAAAGGAAAGACUGUGUUUGAUAUGCUUGGAGCAGUGUUGUUGGGAACAUCAAGGGAGUCUUGAAGUCUGGGUAAUGGUGAUCCACCGUGAGCAGCACCAUGUCACUAGCUGAUUCAUCCUGAGGAUCACACAAACUCUGGAUAGUCUUUUGUUUUCUGGGAAGAGAGCGGAGAGGGGAGGAGGAUGCAGGUGCGAAGGAACGGCAGAUACAAGCACCGAUGGUCCCUGUAAUUUGCUGAACCGUACUUUUUUCUUUCUCUCUGAAGACUGAAAUGAAAUAUGGGCUCAAGGAGAUCAGUGAACUUCAGCGAUUCUCUUCUCUCUCUCUUUCUCUCCAUCUUCAAAAGGCUGUCUCCACCUCCUAGGGUUUGUUCCUGAGGGCAUGUUUCUUUUCUUUAUUUAUAUCAGUGAAGCUCUGUGGUGUUGCAUCCAAUCUCUGUCCACAUCACAGGCAGGCCGCCUGAGACCGAGCCGUAUGGGGAUGGGGGUGAGCCAUCAGCUAGGCCGUCUGAGAAAGAGCCGUGCGGGGGAGUGGGGAUGGAGGUGGGGGUGAGCCUGAGUCAGGUUACCCAUAUCUGAGGAUCUGGACAGAAUGGGGUGUGUUUUUAACUUGCCCACACAAUUGAUGAUCUGACAGUGGUCUAUUGCUCCGCUUCCUCCUCCUUGCCUCCCUCUCCUCCCCUCCAUGGCGGAUAGAGAGUGCAUUCCAGAGUGCUCCAGGGGAGGGGAGGGGAAAUGUUCCCUGGAAAAGGAAAGGCCCAAGAAAUCCUGGGGCUCAUGGCAUCGAUAUGGGGGUACUUGAGGUUCUGCCAAAACUCUUCAGGCUCCCGUCAGCCAGCCCAGGCCUAGGUGCUGGGGAUGGGGGAGGGGCAGAGUGAGACUGUUUGAACAGAAACUGUAGAAAACAAUCUCCCACCAUGAUGUCAUUUUUAGGAGGGUUUUAUAAAAGGAGAAUGUGUGAAUUGUAGGGAUGUAACGAUUCACUGAUAUGCAUCAGUCCCGGUUCAAAUGUUUAAGAUAUGGUCUGCGGGACCCCGAACCGAUCCAAUUGUAGCAUGCAUUGGUCAGAAAAUGUAUUCAAAUGUUACGAAUCACCGGUUCACAUUUUUUGUUGUUGCUCAAAUUACUUUCUUUCUACCUUCUGAAAAUAGCUCAUAUUUUGUAACAACUGCGUCCUCUCCUUCAGUGUCGAAGUAAGCAUGUAAUUGUGUUGACAGUCAUUCAUCUAUAGUUGAAGUCGGAAGUUUACAUACAUCUUAGCCAAAUAAAUUUAAACUCAGUUUUUCACAAUUCCUGACAUUUAAUCCUAGUAAAAAUUCCCUGUCUUAGGUCAGUUAGGAUCACCACUUUAUUUUAAGAAUGUGAAUUGUCAGAAUAAUAGUAGAGUGAUUUAUUUAAGCUUUAAUUUCUUUCAUCACAUUCCCAGUGGGUCAGAAGUUUACAUACACUCAAUUAGUAUUUGGUAGCAUUGCCUUUAAAUUGUUUAACUUGGGUCAAAUGUUUCGAGUAGCCUUCCACAAGCUUCCCACAAUAAGUUGGGUGAAUUUUGGCCCAUUCCUCCUGACAGAGCUGGUGUAACUGAGUCAGGUUUGUAGGCCUCCUUGCUCACAUGCUUUUUCAGUUCUGCCCACAAAUGUUCUAUAGGAUUGAGGUCAGGGCUUUGUGAUGGCCACUCCAAUACCUUGACUUUGUUGUCCUUAAUCCAUUUUGCCACAACUUUGGAAGUAUGCUUGGGGUUAUUGUCCAUUUGGAAGACCCAUUUGCGACCAAGCUUUAACUUCCUGACUGAUGUCUUGAGAUGUUGCUUCAAUAUAUCCACAUAAUUUCCUUCCUCAUGAUGCCAUUUAUUUUGUGAAGUGCACCAGUCCUUCCUGCAGCAAAGCACCCCCACAGCAUGAUGCUGCCACUCCCGUGCUUCACGGUUGGGAUGGUGUUCUUCGGCUUGCAAGCUUGUCUCCCGAGUGGCGCAGUGGUCUAAGGCACUGCAUCGCAGUGCUAGCUGUGCCACUAGAGAUCCUGGUUCGAAUCCAGGCUCUGUCGUAGCCGGCCGUGACCGGGAGACCCAUGGGGCGGCGCACAAUUGGCCCAGCGUCAUCCAGGGUAGGGGAGGGAAUGGCCGGCAGGGAUGUAGCUCAGUUGUUAGAGAAUGGCAUUUGCAACGCCAGGGUUGUGGGUUCGAUUCCCAUGAGGGGCCAGUAUGAAAAAAUAAAAUAAUGUAUGCACUCACUAACUGUAAGUCGCUCUGGAUAAGAGCGUCUGCUAAAUGACCAAAAAAAAAAAAAAAAAAAAAAAAAAUGCAAGCAACCCCCUUUUUCCUCCAAACAUAACGAUGGUCAUUAUGGCCAAACAGUUCUAUUUUUGUUUCAUCAGACAAAAGGACAUUUCUCCAAAAAGUACGAUCUUUGUCCCCAUGUGCAGUUGCAAACCGUAGUCUGGCUUUUUUAUGGCGGUUUUCGAGUAGUGGCUUCUUCCUUGCUGAGCGGCCUUUCAGGUUAUGUCGAUAUAGGACUUGUUUUACUAUGGAUGUAGAUACUUUUGUUCCCCGUUUCCUCCAGCAUCUUCACAAGGUCCUUUGCUGUUGUUCUGGGAUUGACUUGCACUUUUCGCACCAAAGUACGUUAAUCUCUAGGAGACAGAACGCAUCUCCUUCCUGAGCGGUAUGAUGGCUGCGUGGUCCCAUGGUGUUUAUACUUGCGUACUAUUGUUUGUACAGAUGAACAUGGUACCUUCAGGCGUUUGGAAAUUGCUCCCAAGGAUGAACCAGACUUGUGGAGGUCUACAAUUUCUUUUCUGAGGUCUUGGCUGAUUUCUUUUGAUUUUCCCAUGAUGUCAAGCAAAGAGGCACUGAGUUUGAAGGUAGGCCUUGAAAUACAGCCACAGGUACACCUCCAAUUGGCUCAAACGAUGUCAAUUAGCCUAUCAGAAGCUUCUAAAGCAUGACAUCAUUUUCUGGAAUUAUCCAAGCUGUUUAAAGGCACAGUCAACUUAGUGUAUGUAAACUUCUGACCCACUGGAAUUGUGAUACAGUGAAUUAUAAAUUAAAUAAUCUGUCUGUAAACAAUUGUUGGAAAAAUUACUUGUGUCAUGCACAAAGUAGAUGUCCUAACCGACUUGCCAAAACUAUAGUUUGUUAACAAGAAAUGUGUGGAGUGGUUGAAAAACUAGUUUUAAUGACUCCAACCUAAGUGUAUGUAAACUUCCGACUUCAACUGUAUAAGUCAUUUUGCAUGCCUAACAACCUCAGGCAAUAUAAGUAGCUUAGUCAAACUGUGCGCAGUUUCACACGCUGACCAACGAGAAGCAGGCUUUAUUAGUUGAGUGACAACCAAUGUAAUUAGCUAGGUUAUUUUUAUCAAAUGCGCUGUUGAAAAAUGUUUUACCGGAAUUAAAGUAGCCUAAGCUACCGCUGGAGAAACAACUCAUCUGACUAUAGCCUACAUACUGAUCGGGGCUUACAUUAUAUUUUAUUUUCAUUGUUCAGGUUCACCAUCAGCAAUAGUUUUUCUUGAAAAAAAUCAGUAAAUAUGGUCAUUUUUAGAUAUACAGGAUAAAGUUGCUUUUGCUACCUGCACUGCAUGGUCGAAGCGGGAGAAGUCGUCCUCAAAACUUCCAAAUGCUCUAAAGCAUGAAACACACUGAGAAUCUCACUGCCGGUAGGUACUUAUCACAGUGGGAGGCCGUUUCUUCUCUUGCUAGAACAAAAGCGGUACCUGCUGCAUGCUGACCCGGUAGCGACAAACCUACCGAUUUCUACUUCUAGAAUCCCAAUGCUUGUCACUGGCCAACAACUUGACUUUGAGUCAGUCAGAGAUCACGAACCCCCACGUGGGGGAGCCAAUAAAAGAAAAAGAAAAGAAGGAAAAAAUAGGCAAUUUUCUCUCUACAUCCACAGAUGAGCCAGUCACACUUCAUAUGCAGUGUAGGCUAUGGGAUGGUAGCUAGCUAAGUGCACAGAUGCAAUGCACAUGACACUAAAUACUUCCUCCAAGCUAACAAACCACUGUAGCUAGUAUUGACAUUAUAAUUACAUUACAAUGGAUUAGCUAGUUUCCAUGAAACAGCUGCUGAGUUAGUGCAGUGUAGCUAUGUUGUGCUUGCUAAAAAUAUGCUAACGUUAGCUAGCUAGCUAAACAUUUCUCUAUUGCGUGGCACUCAUUUACUGUCUUUUUAAAAAACAUAGUUGAUAUGGCUGACUUGCUUAAACAAAUGUGGUUUCUACUGACAAUUGAGAUGUACAAACUAUGGCAUAAGGGAACGUCGAGCGGAUAAGAGGCAAUCCGUAAUUUUGAUUAAGAUAUUAAUGAGUGAGCUAGGACGGACGUAGUCAAUAUAACUAUUUGUUCAGCACUUUUGAAAUGUACAGCGACAGAAUUCAGAACAUGGGACGUUCUUACAGUAUUCUCCCUGUACACCGUCAGAACCAUAGGAUAAAAAAAAUAAAAGCAGACAAUGAAAGCUCUUACAAUAUUCAAUGAUUACAUUUCUCUAAAACAGGCUAUAGGCUACAUGUGCACCACUAAGUCAGAACAGUAGGCUAAGUUAAGAGGGGGAAAGGGACCAAAUUAUUAGGGUGAGGCACAUGGGCUACUAACUGCUAACUACACAACAUACUUUGUAUUACUUUCUUAGCUACAGUAUACAUAUCUCCAUGGCAUAUUACAUCAUUUUUGGACUCACCCUGGUGUUCUGUGCUCACUUGAACAGGAAGGUGGCGUGGCGGUCCUUCUUGUGGGCAAACUUUGUCAUCAAAGUCUGUCAUUCUCUGGAUUUCUGGUGCUUUCAAGACAACUGGGAACAAAGUUGAAUCUUCAGGUCAGCGCUCUAGAAAGAGGCCUGAGUUCCCUGACUUGGAAUUCUGAGUUGGAUGACGUUCAAAAAGUAUUUUCCCAGUCAGAGCUCGUUUUUUUCAGAGCUCCCAGAAGUCUGAGAUUUCCCAGUUCCGAGUUUCCAGUAGUUUUGAACCUGGCAGAAGUCAUGCUGGAUUGACAGCAUGGCCAAUGUAUUCAACCUUUUUGUGGUGCAUGGUGUUGUAUGUGAAUGUUUAUCCUUUAAGCUUGGAUAAGAGACCCUUAAACCCAGAUUUGGACCACACACCCACUCCACUAAAUAGCAGGCUAGUGAUUGCUUUGCAACGCUUGCAGUUAGCCACUGAUUCUUUCCAAACCACUCAUUGUUGAAUUUGCGAUUUCCAACUUGUUGUGUAAUGUUUGUCCAAUGGCCGAUGAGCACCGACACGUUUUAUCUAUAAUUUAUCUUCAUAUGACAAGGAUUGAAAAGGAUUUGCCAGUAGAAAGCAAAAAUUUGACCAUGUUUGAAUGCAGCUUUUUUAAACAUUGUUUGCAAACUGAUAUGUGACACGUAUUAAUGUCAAAAUAACAUGCAAAACAGGCAACAAAAAAACUAAACAUUUUGCUAAACAGGUGGAGCUCUGGCUAAGUACUGUCGGCAGGCAAAUGUUCGACAAUCCUACCGUGUGUCUGAGCUUUAAACCAUUUGAUUAUGAGACGGGUGAAAUCAUAGCAAAUUAUUAAAGAUAAAUAUUGAUACAUUACUAGCUCUAACACUAUUAUUCUGCAAAAAUUACAAAUUAAUUUUUGGGGGGAUGAUGACAAAAACAAACACCCCCCCCACCAAAGAAAUUAACUAAUAGUGGGAUGGUACAAUCGUGGUCAGAAGUUUUGAGAAUGACACAAGUAUUGUUCUUCAUAAAGUUUGCUGCUUCAGUGUUUUAGAUAUUUUUGUCAGAUGUUACUAUGGUAUACUGAAGUGUAAUUACAAGCAUUCCAUAACUGUCAAAGGCUUUUAUUGACAAUUACAUUAAGUUUAUGCAGAGUCAAUAUUUGCAGUGUUGACCCUUCUUUUUCAAGACCUCUGCAAUCCGCCCUUUUUUCCGGAUGCCCCAAACAAUCGGAAUGGGGAUUCAUCAGAGAAAAUGACUUUACCCCAGUCCUCAGCAGUCCCCCUGUACCUUUUGCAGAAUAUCAGUCUGUCCCUGAUGUUUUUUCUGGAGAGAAGUGGCUUCCUCGCUGCCCUUCUUGACACCAGGCCAUCCUCCAAAAGUCAAUGCCUCACUGUGCGUGCAGAUGCACUCACACCUGCCUGCUGCCAUUCCUGAGCAAGCUCUGCACUGGUGGUGCCCCGAUCCCGCAGCUGAAUCAACUUUAGGAGAUGGUCCUGGCGCUUGCUGGACUUUCUUGGGCGCCCUGAAGCCGCCUUCACAACAAUUUGAACCUCUCUCCUUGAAGUUCUUGAUGAUCCGAUAAAUGGUUGAUUUAGGUGCAAUCUUACUAGCAGCAAGAUCCUUGCCUGUGAAGCCCUUUUUGUGCAAAGCAAUGAUGAUGGCACAUUUUUCCUUGCAGGUAACCAUGGUUAACAGAGGAAGAACAAUGACUUCAAGCACCACCCCUCCUUUUAAAGCUUCCAGUCUGUUAUUCUAACUCAAUCAGCAUGACAGAGUGAUCUCCAGCCUUGUCCUCGUCAACACUCUCACCUGUGUUAACGAGAGAAUCACUGACAUGAUGUCAGCUGGUCCUUUUGUGGCAGGGCUGAAAUGCAGUGGAAUUGUUUUUGGGAUUAAGUUCAUUUUCAUGGCGUAUAUGCAAAUUGCCAUCAUAAAAACUGUGGCAGCAGACUUUGUGAAAAUUAAUAUUUGUGUCAUUCUCAAAACUUUUGACCACUACUGUAGAUGCCCAGUUUCCCUUAUAAUUCAGCUCCCUACAUACACCACAGACUCAUACAGCACGCGCGUGCGCGCACACACAUACACACACACACACACACAGCUCAGACAUUUUCAGCUCCAUCAGCAGCAUAUUUGAAUUUAGAAUGGAAAAUGAACGUGUUCAUGCAACAAAUGUUAGUGCACCGAAUUUCAUCGAUUCGUUUCUCUAAUCAAACCGAAUCGUUUUUAACUAAAACAUAUUGUUCCUGUAUCGGAGCCCAUGUACAUUGCAUUCGGAAAGUAUUCAGACCCCUUGACGUUUUCCACAUUUUGUGACGUUAGCCUUAUUCUAAAAUGUAUUAAAUUGUUUUUUUUCCCCCUCAUAAAUAUACACACAAUACCCUUAAUGACAAAGCAAAAACAGUUUUUUAGAAAUGUUUGCAAAUGUAUUACAAAUAAAAAACAGUAAUACCUUAUUUACAUAAGUAUUCAAACCCUUUGCUAUGAGACUCGAAAUUGAGCUCAGGUGCAUCCUGUUUCCAUUGAUCAUCCUUGAGAUGUUUCUACAACUUGAUUGGAGUCCACCUGUGGUAAAUUCAAUUGAUUGGACAUGAUUUGGAAAGGCAAACACCGGUCUAUAUAAGGUCCCACAGUUGACAGUGCAUGUCAGAGCAAAAACCAAGCCAUGAGGUCGAAGGAAUUGUCCGUAGAGCUCCGAGACCGAAUUGUGUCGAGGCACAAAUCUGGGGAAGGGUACCAAAAAUGUUCUGCAGCAUUGAAGGUCCCCAAGAACACAGUGGCCUCCAUCAUUCUUAAAUGGAAGAAGUUUGGAACCACCAAGACUCUUCCUAGAGCUGGCCUGCCCAGCCAAACUGAACAAUCGGGGGAGAAGGGCCUUAAUCGGGGAGGUGACCAAGAACCCGAUGGUCACUCUGACAGAGCUCUAGAGUUCCUCUGUGGAGAUGGGAGAACCUUCCAGAAGGACAACCAUCUCUGCAGCACUCCACUAAUCAGGCCUUUAUGGUAGAGUGGCCAGACAGAAGCCACUCUUCAGUAAAAGGUACAUGACCGCACACUUGGAGUUUGCCAAAAGGCACCUAAAGACUCUCAGACCAUGAUAAAAAUAUGAUCUGGUCUGAUGAAACCAAUAUUGAUCUCUUUGGCCUGAAUGCCAAGCAUCAUGUCUGGAGUAAACCUGGCACCAUCCCUACGGUGAAGCAUGGUGGUGGCCACAUCAUGCUGUAGGGAUGUUUUUCAGCGGCAGGAAAGAUGAACGGAGCAAAGUACAAAGAGUUCCUUGAUGAAAACCUUCUCCAGAGUGCUCAGGACCUCAGACUGGGCGAAGGUUCAUUCUUCCAACAGGGCAAUGACCCUAAGCACACAGCCAAGACAAUGCAGGAGUGGCUUUGGGACAAGUCUCUGAAUGUCCUUGAGUUGCCCAGCAAGAGCCUGGACUAGAACCCGAUCGACCAUCUCUCUGGAGAGACCUGAAAAUAGCUGUGCAGCGACGUUCCCAAUCCAACCUGACAGAGCUUGAGAGGAUCUGCAGAGAAGAAUGGGAGAAACUCCCCAAAUACAGUUGUGCCAAGCUUGUAGCGUUAUACUCAAAAAGAUUCGAGGCUGUAAUCGCUGCCAAAGGUUCUUCAACAAAGUACUGAGUAAAGGGUCUGAAUACUUACGUAAAUGUAAUAUUUCUGUAUUUGUUAUUUUUUUAGAUUUCUAAAAACCAAUUUUUUGACUUUGUGUGUAGAUUGAGGGGGGGAAACUAUUUAAUCAGUUUUAGAAUAAGGCUGUAACGUAACAACAUUUGGAAAAAGAUGCACGUUCCUAGUAAACACUUUAAUUUACAGCUAGUCUCGAUAACUGCCUCUUUGAAUAAUCUCUUUCACAUUUGUCCUUUUUUAACACUUCACAUAUAAUUAUUCACUUGAACAAUUUGUUUAGAUAAACCAAGGUAAUUCUCAUAGUUUUAAGGAAAUUAAUAUCCUUUCUCCUCUGUGGAUAACAGUAGUGUGCUAUCUCUGUCUCCCUCUCUGUCAGUGGGUGUGUGUCCUGGUGGUCCUGAGGUCUCACAGGCCCUGUCUGUCUUAUCUUCCCCUCACACUUCACUGAAGGGAAGUUCUGAGAGGGCUGGGCCAGACAGAUUGGGACAUAUCUGUGUAGGUCUUUUGAGAGGCGAUCUGCUACUCAACUCGACUGACUGGAUUGCUUCUGUAGGAUUAUUGCAAUUCUCUAUACCCCAACCUUGAAGGUGUUGUGUGUCCUGUGCACCUGUCUCUCCUUAAUUAACUGGGAAGGCUGCCUGUGGAUGCUUUUGGCACUGCUUUGAAGUGUGAACCCGGGGAAGGAGAGCUCUCUGAACACGUCAAAAGACCGGGAGCUGACAGAAGUUAAACGACUCCCAUAAACCUGCCACAUAUUGCCUCUUAAGACGCGAUUCUCCUCUUCCCUUUGACUGGGACUGUGUCUGAUGUCUUUAGGCAGGUGACGGAGUCCUACUUUAUUGGAAAAUGGCUAAUCAAGGAGAAGAGUCAGUGUGUGAAAGCUUUUGCAUUUAUUUGUUUUAUUCUUUCCGAAGUCAAACCCUCAAUCCUUUUGUCUCCGUUAUCAAAGGUAAUCAAAACUUUUCCUUUGUGAGGAACUCUGUUUUUUCCUUCCGUCGUUGAAGUGUUGAGUGCGCUGGGAUUUGACAACGCUCUGCUGUCGUGUCUCGGCAUAAAGGUGGCUGUUUCUUCUCUGACAACCUGAGUAAUCAUCAGAGGAAGGAGGGUAAAAAUGGAAAUGCAGUUCAGGCAUCCAUUGUCUCGCAUCAAAAUGCAAAUUGUUGUUUCAGCAACAAAAUAAAGCGUACGGCAGUCUUGAGAGCAUAUUGUAAUUGAAAAGAAACGCUGUACAGGCAGAUCAGCUUUAACCAGAGUUAAGCCUAUUAGUUAUCAGAAGUUGCUGUGCUUAUUAUUUACUGAUAAAAAUCCGGGCACAAUUGUCUUUGCAGAAACACAAUGGAUGAGUGUUUUAAAGUGUUAUCUGCUGGGGAAUUGAUCACUUUCUCCCAGAGUGAGUUGACGUGCCUGUAAACCUACAAUACUUGACACUUAAUAAUAAUGAUGAUGAUGUCUAAUUUAUUUUUCAGAUGGGGACACUGAAAAUGGAGAGCUCGACUUGAGCGGUAUUGAUGAUGAUGAGAUUCAGCUGGUAUGUACUGCAUUUUGACAUUUAUAGGGCAUCUUAUAUUGAAACAUCCACUCAUUCUGAAAUUACAGGAUUGCCAGCAAAUAAUAACUGGAAAUGCAUAACUAAGGUCAUUUAUGUACUUCCCUUCACUGCAGUAUCUCCUGAAUGACAAAGAGGUGAAAAUCAAGACUGAGCUUUGGAUGAAACAGAACGAAGACUACUUGAAAGAGCAGAAAGGUUCAGCCACACCACACCAUGCACAUAUUGUAAUAUACUGUUUUGUCUUGACUCUCCUUACUGGUAAUUACAUUCCCAAUUUUAAUCCCCAAUCCCCAUUUAUACUUUCAGAAAAGGAAGAGAGGAUAGUGAAAGAGAAGGAGCUGGGGAUUUACAAGGAGAAGGUAAAUCAUCAACAUCCUGCCAGUAUAAAGAAGCAAUGACCUUGGAGUGGCCUAGGUUUGCUAAAGCCCUCUGAGCACUCUCGCUGCCGAGCAGACAGACACAAAGCUCUGGUGUGUCAGUGUGUGUGCAUAUUUUCCACUCCAAUGGGUUUCUCUCUCAUUUCACGUCAGGGUUUGGCAAGGCCCAGGCCCUUUGUUAGGUCCAACAUCUGCGCUCUGGUUUUAACUAGCUAGAUUAACUGCAGCGCAACAUAUAGCUAAUGAGGUAUGGAGGCUUUGAAAGCACUGAUCCAACAACCGUAUGCCAUGCUGUCCAACGUCACAAUCAGCCCCCUCCCGUAUACUGUAGCAUAGCUAGAGCAUCCCUUUGUUGUGCAAAGUAUAGUUAACUGUACAGUAAGCUAAAAAACCAAUGUGUCCUAAGUAAUUGCAAUUGACAAGGUACUGCGUGAUUUGAAACCCCACUGUGUGCCCUGUAGCCCAAGAGUUCUGGCUACAAGAAGAAGGCUCUGAUCCAUGCCAGCACGGCCGACGAGGCUAUAGAGAAGAUGCUGGAACAGAAGAAAAUUUCCACUAAGAUCAACUACGACAUCCUGAAGGAGCUGAACAUUAAGCCCAGCACCAGUCCAGCCCGCCAGACAGCAGAGUCCCCGAAAGGAGCCACCCCUGGAGCCCAGAGGCUGACUGGACGAUACCGCAAACCCACCAACGUCCCUCUGAGCCUGGGCACACCACUCAGCACCUUGGGCAAGAGGUAG